GCAGCACUUCGCAAUUUAGAGUAUAGUUCUCAAAAGUCAAAAGGUUGCUUGCACAAGCACAUGGUCCCAAGCUGCGAUCGAUCAACCAACUCCAGACGCUAGCCCGAUUUCAUCCGCCCAGCUUGAUGGGCGCCACUUCGCCGGACUCCGGCGACCUCAUCCUGGUCGAGCCGGCGAGCCCGGGGUCCAAGGUCGCCGUGGUGACCAUCAACCGCCCCGAUGCGCUGAACGCGCUGACGCGCUCGAUGAUGAUCUCCCUGGCCUCGGCGUUCCGGCGGCUGGACGCCGACGACGGCGUGGCCGCGGUGGUGCUCGCGGGCCGCGGCCGCUCCUUCUGCGCAGGGGUGGACCUCACGGCGGCGGAGGAGGUCUUCAAGGGCGACGUCAACGACCCCGCCGCUAACCCCGUCGCCCAGAUGGAGCUCUGCCGGAAGCCCAUCGUCGGCGCCGUCGCCGGGUUCGCCGUCACCGCGGGCUUCGAGAUCGCCCUCGCCUGCGAUCUCCUUGUCGCUGGCCGCUCCGCCAAAUUCCUCGACACCCACGCCAAGUUUGGGAUAUUUCCUUCUUGGGGUCUUUCACAGAAGCUCUCUCGUCUCAUUGGGCCAAACAGAGCACGAGAAGUGUCACUAGCUUGCAUGCCUGUCACUGCUGAAAUGGCUGAGAAGUGGGGGCUUGCUAACCACAUUGUGGAUGAUAGUCAGGUGCUGAGUAAGGCCAUAGAGGUCGCGGAGGCCAUUGCGAGGAAUAACCGCAACUUGGUGGUGCUAUACAAGUCAGUUAUAAAUGAUGGGCUUCAGCUGGACAUGAAACAUGCCCGAGCUCUUGAAAGGAAAGAGCUGUCAACUAUUACAAUGGCAUGACAAAGGAGCAAUUCGCAAAUAUGCAGAAGUUUAUACAAGGCCGGAGUUCUAGAGCACCAUCGAAGUUGUAGAUGCGGUGCUCUGUGUGUAUGUGCCUUUUUAUUAUAUGGCUCCUUUUAUUAUAAAGCUUGUGGAAAUGUUAAAUUGUUACUCCUAUUACUGGAAGACCCACGUUGUUUUACUUUGAAGUUUCUCCGGUCAUCGCAUUCCCCCUUUUUAGCUGCAGUAAUGUUAUCUGACGAACGUCAGCUGAGAAGUGGAUGGCAGGUGAACACUUUUUUCUG